AUGUCGUCAACUCCUUUAUAUGUAAGAGGUGGUGUUUGGACUAAUAUCGAAGAUGAAAUACUAAAAGCUGCAGUUCAAAAAUAUGGGGUAAAUCAAUGGGCUAGAGUUAGUUCUUUAUUACCUAAAAAAUCUGCGUUACAAGCAAAAGCAAGAUGGAAUGAAUGGUUAUCACCUCAAAUUAAUAAAGAUGAGUGGUCAAAACAACAAGACGAAAAAUUAUUAGAUAUGGUUAAGUUAUUACCAAAUCAAUGGAGAACUAUUGCUUCAGUUAUUGGUAAAACUGCAACUCAUUGUGUUGAAAGAUAUCAAAAAUUAAUUAAUGAAGCUGCUGGUUUACAAGAAGAUGAUUUCGGUUUAACUGGUCCUGGUAUUGAAUCAUUACCUGCUACUGGUGCUACUCAAAAUUUUGGUGGUGUUGUUGUUGAUGGUGAUAUAAAUUUAAAUCCCGAAAGUAAACCUGCAAGACCAGAUGAUGACGAUUUAGAAGAUGAUGAAAGAGAAAUGUUAGCUGAAGCUAAAGCAAGGUUGGCUAAUACUCAAGGUAAAAAAGCAAAAAGAAAAGCAAGAGAAAGAAUGUUGGAAGAAAGUAAAAGAAUUGCAAUAUUACAUAAAAGAAGAGAAUUAAAAGCUGCUGGUAUAAAUAUCUCUUUAAAAUCAAAAAAUAAAAAGAAGUUAAAAGAACCUGAUUAUGUAAAUGAAAUCCCUCAUCAAGUGACUGCAGCUGCAGGUCCAUAUGAUGUUAAUGAAGAAUUAUUGGAAAAUGUGAAUUUUCAGAAUCAAUUUGAUACAACUGUUGCAAGAAAAGGUAUAAGUUUAAAAGAAGUUGAUGAUAAAAUAGCAAAGGAAAAGAAGAAGAAGAAAGAGAAAAGAACAAUCAAAAGAACAGUACAGGAAGAUAAUGAAGAGAUUUCAAAAAGGAGAAAGUUAAAUUUAUCUGAACCAACUGAAGCAAUUAUGGAUAUAGAUAUUGAUCAAAAAAUUAAAGAUACAGCAAAAGAAUUGAAACAAAUAGAAGCAAAAAGUACUCCUUUGUUAAAAGAUACGAAUACAAAUGUACAAUUGAUCACAACUGAGAAAGAAGCAGCAACCAAACCAGUUAACAAAUCAGCAAUAAUUCAAUUACUUAAAGAAUCCAUUGCAAAAUUACCAACACCAAUACAUCAUUCUGGAAAAAUCAUGCGUACAUUUGAUAAAGAUGGUAUAUCCAUUGACUUGAGUGUGAAUGAAUCAAAUGAUCACGAGAUGAAUGAGAAAUUGGCUAUUUUACUGAAGGUCAAUGAAGAAAGUUUAAAAACUCAAGCUGCUCAAAAAAAUUUACCAAUCCCAAAUGUAGUAGCUUUAGAUAAGGUAGAAAUAAGCAAUAUCAUUAAAGAAGAGUUUGUUAAAUUGGUAAAAUCAGAUUAUAGAAGAUACAAGGAUUCAACAUAUAAUGCACUAAUAGUACCUGAAUUAGAUUCAAUUCUUCGAGAUAAAGUAAUAAGUUUAAUAGAAGAUGAAGUAAAAACCAAUAAUAAACUGGAUAAACUAACAGACUUUAAAUAUGAACUACAACUACCUAAAUCAUUUGAUGUUGCUGAAAUUAUCAUAAAUAAACUUCACGAUUUUCAUAAAUUAACAGAAGAGAAAUUAAAUUUAUUGGAUUUCCAAGAUUAUUAUAAUCAAAGAGAGACUAAAAUUGGUGAGAUAAAUGCUUUGCAACAAGAAUUGGCUUCAAUUAAUCAAGAAUACGAAUUUGUUAAAUUGAGACAAGAUAACGAAGAAAACUACAUCAAUAAUCAAGUUGAAAAAAUGAGCAAUCAUUUAAAAGAAUUUUAUGAGAAAGUUGAUUCUAUUCAAAACAAAGCUAGGGAAUUAAAAUUAAAUAUUAAUGGGUAUAAUGAUAAAUAG